CCUGCCGCUGCUGCUGCUGUGCGCCGCGCUCCGGAGCCUGCGGGCCAGCCCUGGCAGCGAGGUGAAUUUACUGGACUCACGUACAGUAAUGGGGGAUCUAGGAUGGAUAGCCUACCCAAAAAAUGGGUGGGAAGAAAUUGGUGAGGUGGAUGAAAACUACGCUCCGAUACACACAUACCAAGUAUGCAAGGUAAUGGAACAGAAUCAGAACAACUGGCUUCUGACCAGCUGGAUCUCUAAUGAGGGGGCAUCCCGCAUCUUCAUCGAGCUCAAAUUCACCCUGAGGGACUGUAACAGCCUUCCAGGAGGACUUGGGACCUGCAAGGAGACUUUUAACAUGUACUACUUUGAAUCGGAUGAUGAAGAUGGGAGGAACAUCAAAGAAAACCAGUACAUCAAGAUUGACACCAUCGCUGCUGAUGAGAGCUUCACAGAGUUAGACCUUGGCGACAGAGUGAUGAAGCUCAACACGGAGGUGAGAGACGUUGGGCCCCUGACAAAGAAGGGAUUUUACCUGGCUUUCCAGGACGUGGGUGCCUGCAUUGCCCUGGUCUCCGUGCGCGUGUACUACAAGAAGUGCCCGUCGGUGAUCCGCAACCUGGCGCGCUUCCCCGACACCAUCACGGGGGCGGAUUCCUCGCAGCUCCUGGAGGUGUCGGGCGUCUGCAUCAACCACUCGGUGACUGAGGAGGCACCCAAGAUGCACUGCAGUGCCGAGGGGGAAUGGCUGGUGCCCAUUGGGAAGUGCUUGUGCCAGGCAGGCUACGAGGAGAAGAACAAUACCUGCCAAGUAUGCAGACCUGGGUUCUUCAAAGCUUCACCCCACAGUCCAUCCUGCAGCAAAUGUCCCCCUCACAGCUACACACUUGAUGAAGCAUCCACAUCUUGCCUGUGUGAAGAACAUUAUUUUAGGAAGGAAUCAGACCCACCUACAAUGGCCUGUACAAGACCCCCCUCUGCUCCUCGGAGUGCCAUCUCAAAUGUUAACGAGACUAGUGUCUUUCUGGAAUGGAUUCCCCCUGCUGAUACUGGUGGAAGGAAAGAUGUGUCUUAUUAUAUUGCAUGCAAGAAGUGCAGCUCACACUCGGGUCUGUGUGAGGCGUGUGGCGGUCAUGUCAGGUACCUCCCCCAGCAAACCGGCCUGAAAAACACCUCUGUCAUGAUGGUGGAUCUGCUUGCUCAUACAAACUAUACCUUUGAAAUUGAGGCAGUGAAUGGAGUGUCCGACCAGAGCCCCGGAGCCCGGCAGUUUGUGUCUGUAAAUGUAACCACAAACCAGGCAGCACCUUCUCCAGUCAGUACUGUGAAAAAAGGGAAGAUAACUAAAAAUAGCAUCUCCCUUUCCUGGCAGGAGCCAGAUCGACCCAAUGGCAUCAUCCUGGAAUACGAAAUCAAAUAUUUUGAAAAGGACCAGGAGACGAGCUACACCAUCAUCAAGUCCAAAGAGACGGCGAUUACGGCGGAUGGCUUGAAGCCGGGCUCAGCGUACGUCUUCCAGAUCCGAGCGCGGACAGCUGCCGGCUACGGGGGCUUCAGCCGCAGGUUCGAGUUCGAAACCAGCCCAGUGUCAGUAGCUGCAUCCAGCGACCAGAGCCAGAUUCCUAUAAUUGUUGUGUCUGUAACAGUGGGAGUCAUUCUGCUGGCUGUUGUCAUCGGUUUCCUUCUCAGCGGAAGGCGAUGUGGCUAUAGCAAGGCUAAGCAAGAUCCAGAAGAAGAAAAGAUGCAUUUUCAUAAUGGCCACAUUAAGCUGCCUGGAGUGAGGACCUAUGUUGACCCCCACACCUACGAGGACCCUAAUCAAGCUGUCCACGAGUUUGCUAAGGAAAUUGAAGCUUCAUGCAUAACCAUUGAAAGAGUUAUUGGAGCUGGUGAAUUUGGGGAAGUCUGCAGUGGGAGGCUGAAGCUGCAGGGAAAGCGUGAGUUUGCAGUGGCUAUCAAAACCCUGAAGGUGGGCUACACAGAGAAACAGAGAAGAGAUUUCUUGGGAGAAGCAAGCAUCAUGGGGCAGUUUGACCACCCCAACAUCAUCCACCUGGAAGGUGUUGUCACAAAAAGCAAACCAGUAAUGAUAGUGACUGAAUACAUGGAGAAUGGCUCUCUGGAUACAUUUUUAAAGAAGAAUGAUGGGCAGUUCACCGUCAUCCAGCUGGUCGGGAUGCUGCGAGGCAUCGCCUCCGGAAUGAAGUACCUGUCUGACAUGGGUUAUGUGCACAGAGAUCUGGCUGCCAGGAACAUCCUGAUCAACAGCAACUUGGUCUGCAAGGUGUCAGACUUCGGCCUCUCCAGAGUCCUAGAAGAUGACCCUGAAGCAGCGUACACAACCAGGGGAGGGAAGAUCCCCAUUCGAUGGACAGCACCUGAAGCGAUCGCCUUCCGCAAAUUCACAUCUGCCAGCGACGUCUGGAGCUACGGCAUCGUGAUGUGGGAGGUGAUGUCCUACGGCGAGAGGCCCUACUGGGAAAUGACAAACCAAGACGUGAUAAAGGCCGUGGAGGAAGGCUAUCGCCUGCCAAGUCCCAUGGACUGCCCUGCUGCUCUCUACCAGCUAAUGCUCGACUGCUGGCAGAAGGACCGCAACAGCCGGCCCAAGUUUGACGAAAUUGUCAGCAUGUUGGACAAGCUCAUCCGUAACCCCAGCAGCCUGAAGACGUUGGUUAAUGCAUCAAGCAGAGUGUCAAAUCUGUUGGUGGAGCACAGUCCAGUCGGGAGUGGUGCCUACAGGUCCGUGGGUGAGUGGCUGGAAGCCAUCAAAAUGGGCCGAUACACAGAGAUCUUCAUGGAGAAUGGAUACAGUUCAAUGGAUGCAGUGGCUCAGGUGACCCUAGAGGAUUUGAGGCGUCUGGGAGUGACACUUGUUGGUCACCAGAAGAAGAUAAUGAACAGCCUUCAAGAAAUGAAGGUCCAGUUGGUGAAUGGGAUGGUGCCGUUGUAACACGGUUUUUAAAGUUGCUUCCUCAAGUCGGUCGGUCCUGCACUUUGUACUCUAGCCCUGAGAUUUAUUUUGACUAAAAAAAACCAAGAAAAGAUAAAAAGGGAAAUUCAGUGGUUUCUAACUCUGAAGGACAUUGGCCUCUGCUGCAGCAUUUCUAAAGCAGUGUUUGACUAAAGUUUUGCUUUUCUUCCUGUUUGUGUCCUCAUUUUCAUGAAGUCAGUGUAAGAUGCAUGGAACAUGGAAACGAAUCUGCUGUACAUGAGGUUAACCAGUCUCUUGAGCUUCAGCGGUGAUGACAAGCCUUCCACCACGUGUUGUCUGUACAUGGGAGGUACAUAUAUAUACAUAUAUAUAUAUAUAGCACCUUUAUAUACUGAAUUACAGCAGCACAUGGUAAUGCUUCCAAGGACUGACUUGAAUGGCAGAUUUUUGUGGCCAUUCAUGGAUUCCCAAUAGCUGCAGUUUGCUGAAGUAUAACUUUGAGUCUUACUUGUCUACAGAAGUGUAUUGAAGAGCAAUAUGAUUAGAUUAUUUCUCGAUAGAUAUUUUGUUUUGUAAAUUUAAAGAAAAGAAAAAAAAUGCUGUUACACAGCAUUAAGUUAUAGAGAAGACUAGCAUAUAAACAUGUUGCUUGCUCCACGGCAAAUACAAUACAGGGUGUAUAUUUUGUUUUCCUCCUUCUGUGUUACCAAGUUCUUUUUAUUUGCUCUUUGGGGAGGAUAAUACAUGUUGAAGAUGUAUAUACUGUACAGUUUGCUACGCAUCAGGUACAAGAUUGGGGCUCUUUCCUUGGUUUGUUCCUUCUUUCCUCCCUCUUUUACUCAGUCUCCCUUUUGUGUUACCCCCAUGCUUUGUAUUUUUGCUGCGGUUUGGUUUGAUCAACACAUAAAGCCUUCAGGAGUUUUCAUUAUGUAUAUGAGGUAGAAGGAAGUUGCUUAAAUAAAAGAUGCUGCCCCCCUCUUCCUUUACACCACGGGUUGAGGACAUCCAGAAGAAGAGAAGUAAAACAUCUGGUUCUUGAUGGCCUCCAGCAACAACGUGGGAUUUUUCUGUGUCCUGGCCAAAGGUGGCAUGGGAUUGCCUCUGCACAGGUGCUUCAGCCCAGUAGCCAUCACUCAGUGCAGCCAUCACCUCUGUUCCCAGAGCCCAGGAGAGAAAGCAUGAAGUGGUUUUAGCUGGAAGGAAGGAAUUUUGUUGUUCCUUUUCUGAUGAUGUUGUUAAAGUCCUGGGGCACAGUUUAGAAAUGAGCCUGUGGCAUCCAGCAUGGAGAUUUUGUAGUAUUUCCCCCACAGUGAUGGGAGUGGGAUUAUUUUUGGAACUGUACUGUCCUAAGCUGUCUUUCAGCAUUCUAGGCUUGCUGUGGACCUGGCCACUUUGUGACAGAGCACAGAAGGGAGGGAAGAGCAGAGUAGCCCAACAUGGUCACGGCAAUGGCAUCCUGAGGGCAAGGAGAUGCCAUUUGCUGGGGCUGGCACCGCUCAGAUCAGGACUUGGUUGUAGCUGGGGCUCAAUGUAUCCAUUAAAGCCCACAGCUGGUACUUUCAGAGGGACCUGAGGACAACCCAAUCCCCUGGGAAUCACACCAGGAAAAUUAUUUGGGGUUGUCCUCCUGUUUUUUAUUGUAGGUAGGAUUAAACAGCACAGUUAAUUUGGUAUUCAUAGGUUGGGCUUUUAUUUUGUGAUGACUUUGAUAAGGAUUUUAAAACAGCUCAGUGGAUUGCAAGGGUUUGUUUCUUUAAAUGUAUUGCUUCCUUAGAGUUUGGAUAGCAUCUUGUGGCAUCCUUCUGUAGCAGUAACAUCAAUAUAUAGAGUUGCUGUAGCUCCCUUCAUCCCCAGUGCUGCAGAGCCAAGCCCAAAGAGCUCAAACAGCUCCAAAAGGAGGCCUGUGUCCUUCAUGUCUUGCAGAAACAGGUGUUGCAAGGCACCUGAAGCUGUUUCAAAGUAUUUCUUUCAUUUCCCCCAGCCUUUGGAUGAGAUUUGGUAUACAGAAUGUUUUUUUUUAAAGAAGGGAAGCACCUAGGAGAAGAGGUUGAGUGGUUUUUUCCUUAGCAGCACGGCUUUGUUGGCUUACAGCAGGGCUUCUUCAGACAUUUUCCUGUCCUGAAAUGGCCCCCUCCGCCUCUGCAACUGCUGAGUUCCUCAGGAAUCAGGAGAAAUAAGAGGGAAAAGAGCCACAGCAAGGUCUAACAAAUCUUGAUAGUGUCAUUUCUCAUCCCCUUGUUUCAUUUUGGCAGCCACCAGACCACAAAAGAGGAAGAGGGUAUCAAGACAUAACAAUUUCGGCGCGGAAAAGAGAUUUGUCAUAUAAUAAAUAAGAUUAUUAGAGCUGUCAGCAGAAGAGUCUUGAAAUUAUUUGUGCCUCCCUAUCUGCAACACUUGGAAAAAUACAUGUAGGAAGACAGAAACAGCUCAUUUCACGAGGAGGAAGCGUUCGUUUGCCUGCAUCCAUUGGUGGCACUGAGAUGCUAUGAGUAGAUAUGUAGCACUUUCUGCCCAUCUUCUCCACUCAUUCCUGUCCUGUUGGCUCUGUGGGAGGAGUUGAACUUGGUCCUGUUUUUUUUCCUGGGCUCUUCAAAGCAAAAUCCUCUUUUCAUCACUUGUAUUGCUGGAAUACCUACCAGAUUCUGAAGUAAUGUUCAAAAUGACAAACCAGUGGAAAACAAAACUGUUCUUAAGCCAGACUGCAUUUGUAAAUUGGGCACCUCUUCUUGCUUCCUCCAAUAAAUAAAUAAAUAACCUUUUCUAUUUA